AUGGACAAAAUUUGGCAUUCUGCUCCUAUCAAGUAUCUGCAGAAAAAGGGUUUAACUUCCUAUGAUAUUCAUGCUGAAAAGGUUACUAUAUUAACGGACGACGCUCCAGAUUUAUCAACAGUACAAAAGUGGGCAGCUGAAUUUAGGAGGGAAAGUGAAAGUCUUGGAGAUGGCACAACAUGUGAAUGGCCUGCAACUACUACCAUCGAAGAAAAUAUUGAUCGUGUUCGCCACAUGGUGACAGUUGACAGGCGAUUGACUAUAAAUCAGAUAACGAAUGCUGUGAGCGUUGUGAAUAUUCUGCACCGUGAACUUGGCAUGACGAAGGUUUCUGCUCGGUGGGUUUCACAUCUUUCGACAACUAAGCAAAAGCGCACGAGGAUGAUCCCAUCACCGAAAAAUUUCGCAUUGUUUGAAGCAGAUUGA